AUGUCUAUACACUAUCUUAUCUUGCUGUCGAGGCAAGGCAAAGUGCGACUUGCCAAAUGGUUCACCACUCUUUCACCAAAAGAAAAAGCCAAAAUCAUUAAGGAUGUCUCUCAACUGGUCCUCUCUCGCCGCACUCGAAUGUGUAAUUUCCUCGAGUAUAAAGACAGCAAAGUAGUGUAUCGUCGUUAUGCGUCCCUCUUUUUCAUCGCCGGCUGUGCGUCCACCGACAACGAACUGAUUACCCUUGAAAUUGUCCACCGUUAUGUCGAGCAAAUGGACAAAUAUUAUGGAAACGUCUGCGAGCUUGACAUCAUCUUCAACUUUCAAAAGGCAUAUUUUAUCCUCGACGAACUUCUCUUGGCAGGUGAAAUGCAGGAAAGCAGCAAGAAAAACGUGCUCCGGUGCAUCAGUCAGGAAGAUAGUCUUGAAGAUAUGGAGGUCGAAGAAGAUGUCACCAAGCUCAUGUAG